UACGUCCGAAAGCUACCGUAUGCUACAGAUUCGCUUCACCUCAGCUUUUGAGAAGUUGGGCAAGUUCAAGUACGUGAACGAUCUGGGAGGUCUGCGAGGAGGUUCUUUAUCAAUGAAGAGGGCAUCAUGAAAUGGAUUUGAUUGGCCGAAUGCUUCUGGAGAUGGCUUGCGUCAGAGAGAAACACUGUCUAACAAUCGUACUGAAAUCACACCUUGGCAGCAAAAUUCUGUGAAUAAGAAUUUGUAGCCAAAGGAUCGAGGACAGCGUCCAUCAUCAAGACAAUCCUCAUUUCUCUUUCUCUUUGUUGGAGUGAGAGUAGAGUUGAGCUAGCGAUCGACCAGCUGCCAAGUCGGUGACAUCCAGCAAUCAAGAAGCAAAAGAUAAGAAGCAGGUACCAUUUGUAAUCACGACAAAAGAGAAAGAUGGAACUAGUACAAGAGUCACCCGGGAGGAGCAGGUUAGAAGAAGUUGUGACGGAUGAGUUUCUAGCUGAAGUGGUUGGAUCUACCGUUGUAGGAGAGGCUGUGGCUGCCACCAGUAUUGAUUUUCCACUUCCCUCCACUAUUGAAGCUGCUACUGGUCUGCUGGGAGGAGAAUUGGGAGACUAUGAACUGAAUGAGUUUCCUUCCUUCUUCAAUGUUGAUUCACAAGAAAUGAGUGCUGAUUUGGAAAAGCUUGGCCUGGAAAUUGCAGCUGAGAUUUCGGUACCUUCAUCAUAUUCUGCGAUACCAUUUGUCGUCGAUGGCCAGGAUCACAUGGAUAACAGCAGCAAGGAUACCGAUACUGCAGAGGAAAGCAGUCCAGGUCCAGCCAAGACAACUUCUGUGGCUGUGGCUACAACAACACCCAACACGGCGGCCAAGAAACGAUCUGCUGCAGAAAUUUCCGAAGACGAAGAUGCGUCAGCUGCAUCCACGCCUACCCCUAAUAAGGCUACCAGGAAGCAGACUGCUCGAAGGGUAACUCGAAGUGCUAGUAGCACAAGUAACUCGCCGAUCAUGCCCGUACCAGUGGCAUCAGAUGAUUCCCCAAGAACAACCCCCACAAGGGGAAGAUUAUUGGCUCCCAAGCCGACAUCACCAGCUCCCCGCAGAGUCAGUACUGCUGGUUGUGCUACUACUAGCAUAGAUACUGCAACAAAUGGAUCCAUCACGGUGCAUGGUGGUCGUAGGAUUGAUACUUCCACGGCACAUGUCAAAGCAUUGACAGGUACCAAGGGUGCUGCCAUGUGCUAUGAGACUGUUUCGGGGACAGAUCUGGAUACCACGGUUGCCAUUCCCAAUUUGGCCGUGGCAGAUUCCUUGUCCGCAGAAGAAAAGGCUAAAUUUAGUCGCGAUCGCAAUCGACUGCAUGCCAAAAAUACACGCAUCCGCAAAAAGGCCUAUGUGGAUGAGCUCAAGAAGACAUUGGACGUACUGGUAAAGGAACGAGAUGUGGCCAUUGCCGCCAAAAAGUCCAAGGGGACCAUUGAAGCGGAAGAGCGGGAUGUUCGUUUCAGAGUGGUGCAAGAGUUUUUGUGUUUACGAGGAAGCAAUGUACAAGCGCUUGCUCGAUGGACAGCCAUUUUGGAAGAGGGAGUCACACUCUGCAUGCCCAAUAUUGACUGGAAUACGACAACUAGUGGUGGCCAGGGAAGAGGGGAGCGCACCAAUCCUGCCACCAAGAGGAUGACAACAGGCGUCAAGGAACUGAUGAAAGAGUGCAACGAAUUCAACAGUCAAUUGAAGAAUGGGCCACUCACUUAUCGAUGCGAUAGAUCGACACUUCUCAUGGAGGGGUCCACGGUAGUAAUCGAUUGGACUGCCACUUCAAGAGAUCCAAAAAAUUUGCUGAGCAUGCGAGGAACUUGCCGCGCAAGCUUCAACCCACAAUCCAACAAGCUUCAUGCUGUAGAAUUGUUCUUUGACAGCACACCUUUAUUUGGAAACAACACAUAAGCGUUGCCUAUGAUUCGGCAAUUGACCUGCUUCUCCCAAAGCAAAGACUUCAGCAGAUCACAGGGAACUCCAACAGACAACAAAAUGAAACGUUUUUUCGCGAUUUCGUAACACACAGCUUGGAGCUCUCCAGUCAGUACAUCAUUCCACUCAUCCCUAAAUUUUUAUACCUUUCAUCCGAGCAAAACGAAUUCAAUCAAGCUACAAUCAAGUAGCAGCUAACAUUGCUUCCAAAUGAGAAUUCACAAACCUGUUUGGCUUCACAACAUAAGUGUAUACAUUUUUUUAAAU